CUCGUCCAGGCGGCCCAAGAAUGCGUUGUUAUACCUGAACAUGUGUGAACAAAAAUUGCUUGUAGCUGUAAACAUCCGUCACUACCCUGACGACAGCCACUGAACGCCCUGUUUCAUUCCGACUAGAAGAUCAGCAACAAUGGACUCCACCGGCGGAACUGGGGUGUCAUCAUCAAUCUCUCUUUCAGAAGAUGGGGAAUUUGUUUCGCAGCUAAACGCGAAGGAGCUCGUUUUCCACCUCAACCCGACAUCUUCCGAGUUUCAAGAUGCACAAAUCGUGAAGGUCAAAGAAAAUCUCCCGAGAUUUGUGAAGAUCUCACAAGCCUCCAAAGGCAGCGGCCUUUCGGGAAGGCGUGUGCUAUAUGCCAGUGAUACUCGUGUCCUGGUGUGGCAGCUAGAACCAAUGCAGUUGCACGCAGAGAUUGAUAGCAUCGAACCCGGCGCUACGAACGUUGACUUCGGAGGGGAUGAGAAUGAGGUCGUAGUAUUUCAUGCGUGGAAUACCAAACUCUCCAUACAUGGCCUGGAUACAGGCCGCAGCCAGGUCAUCAAGUCGCCCAAAUCCUCUCACUACAAUGGCUUCGGAUACCGACCGAAGACCAGGCAGUUUGCAAUUCUGCUGAAGCCUGAUGCAGUCGAUCUGCUUACUAUCCAUGAAUUCCGAUCAUACGAACUGAUAGGCCGCGCAACCCUACCCACGGUAGAUGCCCAAGGCAUGAAGUGGAGUCCGGAUGGCAGGUGGAUAGCUGUUUGGGACGCUGCCAGCGCCGGCACAAAAGUUCUCAUAUACACCGCCGAUGGCCAGCCAUUCAGAACAUACACGGGCCCGCCCGGUGCCGACAGUUCCCUCGAUCUUGGUGUCAGGAAUAUAGAAUGGAGUCCUGCCAGCAGCGGCGGGUCGUCAGAAUUUCUGGCUGUCGGAAAGGUCGAUGGGACUGUUGACCUUCUCAAAAACAAAACGUUCUCUUGCUCGACGACACUGUCUCACACGUUCCAAAUGGAUCAGCAUUCUCCGAGUAUCUGGCGUGAGCGGUUCGCAACCGUGGAUGGUGACCUUGAAUAUAACGAAUGCUCGGGGUCUACUGCAUUUAGCGCAAUAGGCGAGCCCACAGGGCCUCCUCGAGGGGUCUCGAUUAUGGCGUUCAGCGCCAGCGGGAGCUUACUUUGCACGGUAGAUCAAUCGCGGCCCAAUAUCAUUUGGAUAUGGGCUCUGGAGUCCACCGUGGUACUUCUGUCGGCCCUCGCUCAUGAACACCCCGUGAGACAAGUGGUGUGGCAUCCCUCAAAGUCCGAGUUUCUUGUUACUACAACAAAUAGCACCGGCACUGCUGUACGGAGCUGGUCACUCGACCGACCGCCGUCGAUCGUCCGUAUUCCGGCGUCUAGAAAUGACGCCGGGCGGUAUGAGGUGAGAUGGGUAACUUCAGAGCAUCGAGGGCAAUCCCUCUUUUGGUUUGGAACGCCAGAUGACUACGUGCUUGGGUACCUCGAAGACGAGAACGGCGUGUCGCAGUUCAAAGCUCUCAAGUCUAUCAGUAGCAACCUGAGAUUACCUUCCGGGAACUAUGGGGCGAAUUUGAGCCGAUGAUUAUGAGUUGAGCGCUGAUUACGAGGAUGCAAUGUCUGGAGUUCUAUGAGAUGAUAUUUAUGAUUUCGAACGAACAAUAUGCAUAAAGAU